AUGGCAGCUCCAAAGGCUUGGGCGGUGGUGAUCGGUGUUGGUCAAGGAACAGGUGCAAGUGUAGCACGUCGAUUUGGCAAAGACUACGGAGUUGCUUUGCUAGCUCGAAAGGCUGAGAAUUAUGAGCCGUUCGUGAAAGAGAUCAAUGAAGCUGGCGGCAAAGCAAUUGGUAUCAGCACUGAUACUGCCGACGGCAAGAGCAUCCAGAGUGCCUUCGAACAGAUCAACAAGGCGAGAGGAGACGCACCGCUCGCUGCUGCUAUAUUUAAUGUCGGCGGUGGAUUUAUUCGAAAGCCUUUCCUUGAAUUGUCCCCGCAAGAAUAUGAAGGUGGAUGGCAAGCCAAUGGAUUGGGUGGUUUUUACUUCUCGCAAGCCGUUAUUCCAUUGCUCCUUGAGGCUGUGGGAAAGACGGAAUACCCACCUACCUUGAUCUUUACCUCCGCAACUGCAGGGUUGAGAGGUUCUGCCAAUUGUGCUUCGUUCGCAACCGGUAAAUUCGCAUUGAGAGCAUUAUAUCAAUCACUCGCAAGGGAAUUUGGUCCCAAAGGAAUACACGUGGCACACGCCAUCAUCGACGGUGUCAUUGAUAUCGAGAGAACCAAGCAUUAUAAAUUUGACCAUCCCGAUGCAAAGAUCUCUCCAGAAGCAAUCGCAGAUUCGUACUGGCAUCUACAUACACAACCGCGAACAACUUUCACCAAUGAACUUGACAUCAGACCUUAUAUUGAGAAGUGGUAA